GCUAGGUUCUAAAAUGUGGUGUUACCUCUUCUCUUUCAUUCACUCAAUAACUCUACUUCACUACAAGCUCUUCACGUGCUCACAAACAAUCCAACCUCCACAAAAUCUUGCCCGACACUAGACCACGGCCAGACUAUGGAACCUCAUUCCGACCUGCGUGGAAAAAUGGAGCGUCCUCAUCUUUUUUCACCUCCUGUCUCUCCCCUCUCUUUCCCUCGUGGAGAUAUAUCCAGUACCGAGAGCACUCAACAAUCGGCCGCUGAUGAGGCUUCUCAUAGAGGAGGAGCAGCUAUGAUCAAGCGAUUUUUAUCUUCGGAUGCUCAAUCUCCAAAGCCUUCUUCACCUUCGAGCACUCAUCAUAAUGCCGCCCAUGGAGUACAAAACCCCCUGCAUUCUCCGCCUCCUGGCACCCAUACUUCUCAGACUUCCUCGCCUUCACAUAGUCGCUACAGUGCUGCUCCUCGUGGACCAUCUUCUUCUCAGCACUCUCGGACCUUUUCCAUGCUGUCCUCCUCCUCAGAACCUCAGCAAGCCACCACCCAUGGAGAACUAUCCGCCACUCAACCUCCCGGAUCAUCAUUUUCUCACCACGUCGCCUACUACGGCGGCCACAGCAUUCCUCCCCAAUCCAUCAUCCUAGACACCCGCCUCUCCAACUACCCCUCCCUCCACACCGCCAGCACAACCCCCGUCCGCCACUCCACCGUCUACAACUCAGGCCCCGGCCUUACCCGUACCCGCGACUCCAUCAAAAAUAUCGCCGAUGCUGCCAAUCACAUCUCCGGCGACCUCUGGUGGAAGCCGCCCACCCCAGACCCCUCGAUGCCGGCGACCGAAGACGACGUCCAGGCCAUUGCCAGGCGCUUCGAAUCCAGCAUCUGGGACGUCUCCGAGGUCCUCGUGCCCCGCAACGGCAAAGUCGACGCCUUCAAGCCGCCCAAGGCUAUCUACUCCGCCGCGGACGUGUGGGCGGUGGCGCUAUUCCUGGUUAACCAAGUCGGAGUGCUGCAUGGGAAAGGCUGUUUCGUGCAGACAUUCGAGCGGACCACCCAGCUGAAGGACGAGUGGCUGCUCUUUGACGAGCGGGUGGCGGCGAUGUGUCGGGAUCUGAAGGGCAACAAGAGUCUGUGUGAGAGCGUGAUGCGGAAUCAGAACCAGGUGAUCAAGGAUCUGGUAAAUGCGCCAGAUAGUCUGUGGCGGCGGAUUGUGGGGAACGCGGAGAGUAAUAAGUUGAAGGCGGAGACGAUGAGGGCGGGACAGGGGGUGUUGGGAAAGGGAAAGAGUAGGGGGAGAAUGAAGAAUGGGGUGAUGGUUAUGGAGGAGGAAGGAAUUGUUGAUGGUGGAAAAGAUGAAGAGCGUAGAAGCGAGAGGAGUGUCAGCGCGGGAGAGUCGCGUUCUACGGCCUUGGCGUUGACGAGUCUGCGGGUUCAGAGAGCACGAGAGGAGCGUACCGCCGAAACUCCGAGCCAGAUUUUGGGUUUUAAGUGGCCUUCGUAUACGGCUCCAGCUUUUCUUCAGUCUGAUUCGGUGGUCCCUCUGAAGCGGAAGAACUCUGAUGGCGAAGCACCACGGACAUCAGGCAAGGAACAUCAAGGUUAG